GAAGCCGAAGCCUAGUGAGCUGUGUUGUCCUGGAGUGUCGCGUGCGCCCUUCUCUUUUGCUUUGCCUUCCCUUUUCUCCCACCCCGAGGGGAAAUGCAUUUUUAAAAACAGGGUAAUCCCACCUCGCCUCGGCCCUCCCCAAGCCCAGCAACAUCGCGUACGCGUGCGUAUACCGUAUGUAUCUACAGUGAGGCGGCGCAGGGCAAGGGUUUCGUCUCCGGCGGCGGCGGCGGCGGAGGGGUGGCAGGAGGUUAGAUCUGGGAGGGAUGGGGAACAGAAUAGGAGGGAGGAGGAAGGCCGGGGUGGAGGAGCGGUACACGAGGCCGCAGGGGCUGUACGAGCACAGGGAUAUCGACCAGAAGAAGCUACGCAAGCUGAUCCUCGAGGCCAAGCUCGCGCCCUGCUACCCGGGGGCUGACGACGCCGCGGGGGCUGACCUGGAGGAGUGUCCCAUCUGCUUCCUGUACUACCCAAGCCUUAACCGAUCAAAAUGUUGCUCGAAAGGGAUAUGUACAGAGUGCUUUCUUCAAAUGAAGCCAACUCAUACUGCUCGGCCUACACAGUGCCCAUUCUGCAAAACCCCCAACUAUGCCGUGGAGUAUCGCGGUGUAAAGACAAAGGAGGAAAGGAGCAUAGAGCAAUUUGAAGAACAAAAAGUCAUUGAAGCACAGAUGAGGAUGCGCCAGCAAGCACUUCAAGACGAAGAGGAUAAGAUGAGAAGAAAACAGAGUAGGUGCUCUUCUAGCAGAACAAUCGCUCCAACAACAGAAGUCGAAUAUCGAGAUAUUUGCAGCACAUCCUAUUCAGCGCCACCGUACCGAUGUACUGAGCAAGAAACUGAAUGUUGUUCGUCUGAGCCUUCAUGUUCUGCUCAGGCUAACAUGCGGUCUUUCCAUUCUAGGCAUACUCGGGGACCAAGUCAUGUCUUUCUUCUUGACCAACAAAGCAGGGGAGGAAUAAGGACUGUUGCUGUCUCUAAUCACUUGGUUUUUGAUCAUGUCCUUAACAAUGCCUUCCAUGAUAUCCUUUUGGUGGUGAGGAAGUCUGUAAGUGAUGGUAACAUAGACAUGAAUAUAGAGGACAUGAUGGUUAUGGAAGCGAUUUGGCGUUCAAUUCAGCAGGAGCAAGGAAGUAUAGGAAACCCUGCUUGUGGGAGCUUUAUGCCUUUUGAGCAACCAACACGUGAGCGGCAGGCAUUCGUUGCAGCUUCUCCUCUAGAAAUACCCCAUCCCGGUGGAUUUUCUUGUGCUGUUGCUGCUAUGACUGAGCACCAGCCAUCAAGCAUGGAUUUCUCUUACAUGACUGGUAGUAGUGCGUUUCCAGUCUUUGACAUGUUCCGCCGACCGUGCAACAUUGCUGGUGGAAGCCUGCGUGCUGUGGAGAGUUCACUAGAUAGCUGGAGCGGGAUAGCACCAAGUGGCACCAGAAGGGAAAUGGUACGAGAGGAAGGAGAGUGCUCAAUCGAUCACUGGUCAGAGGGUGCGGAGGCUGGGACAAGCUAUGCCGGCUCGGACAUCAUGGCGGAUGCAGGGACAAUGCCACCGUUGCCUUUUGCUGACAAUUACAGUAUGGCUGCAAGCCAUUUUCGCCCCGAGAGCAUCGAAGAACAAAUGAUGUAUUCCAUGGCUGUUUCUUUAGCAGAAGCUCAUGGUAGAACGCACACACAAGGGUUGACAUGGUUGUAACGCGGUGAUUAUGAUGUGCACAGUCGUUGUUCUGCUCUCCUUUUGCCCUUUUUUGCCACCCCGUGUUCGUCCGUUUUAUUUCUCCUUUUUGCAUGUGUUGCAUCAUGGUUUGAUAUAGUUCCCGCUAUAGCUCUCCAUUAUUGCUUAUAUGUUGUAAAAUGGAAUAUGAGGAAGAAAUAGGAAAGAGAAUGUGUCAGUCUUCUUAAUGCCAAAA